AUGACAACACAAGCCGACUACGACCGCCUAGGCGGCUGGGCCGUGAUGCUAAACCCAGACGCCGGCAUCGACCGGCACAAAUGCACGCGCACAAUACCAAUGGAAGUGCUAUCCCUCGGCUUCUCCCGCACAGCUACACUCAGCAUGCAAGAAGCCUUCAGCUUCCUCGGCUACCCGGACCCCUACCACUACUCCAGCAUCUUCGCCAACAUCAAGGACCCGGACAUGGAGUUCGACCAGCUGCUCGGUCACUGCGGAGCCGUCACCGACGCCCCGGCGGUCUGUUUUCGGCGGGAGCUGACGGAGGCGUACCCGGAGGCCAAAGUCGUGCUUGUCGAGCGGGACGAGGACAGAUGGUACAAGUCUUUCGAAGGCGUGCUCGAGGGCGUGCUCGACCCGUUCUUGGUCUGCGUCUUGCGCUUCACGGACCCGUUUUGGCUGGGCCGCAUCGUCAACGUCGGCAUGUUGUGGAUCGAAGGCUUCACGGGCAGCACCGAUCUCCAGCAAGCCAGGGCGAACGCGCGGGCUGCGUACCGGAAGCUAUGCAGAGAUACGAGCUACGGUGCCGGAGGAGCGGUUGCUGGAGUAUGA